AUGCCAAAGACUACUGUAAACUUUGCUUCACUCUGCAUGGACAAUGUCACUUACAAAGCUAAUACUGAUUCAACCAAGAAGCUAGCCUAUAAAAAUAGUAAAUUUUUCAGAGCUGUCAAAGGCUAUGGGUUAUUCGGAGGAGACUUUUUAAAUAAUGAUGGUACAGCAGGGGAGUCAAUAUAUGGAAUGACAUACAGAGAUGAGAGCUUUGAGAUUUCUCACGAUUCUAGAUAUUUACUUUCCAUAACAAAGCCAAGAGCGACUCCUCACACCAGCAAUUCUUAGUUUAUGAUUGCUCUAAGUCCUUUGAAAUGGCUUGAUUACAGAUAUUAAGUAUUUGGAAGAGUAGCCCCUGUAAGUCAACCAUUAGUCGAUAAGCUUGAAUCAGAUAUUGGCACCAAGGCUUGGGAUUAAUUUGAACCUCCUCUAAUCGAUGUUAAGGUUACUAAUUGCUCAAUCUAAGACCCUGAUUCUUGGAUAAUAGUUGAACCUGUUGUUUCUCUUUGA